GCCGGAAGUCAAGUCGGAGGCGGAGGUGAUUCUGCUUCCGUUUCUGGUUUUGCUCCAGUGUUUGGGUUGUCUUCGCGGCCGCCCAAGAUGAACCGAUUCUUCGGGAAAGCGAAACCCAAGGCUCCGCCGCCCAGCUUGACUGACUGCAUUGGCACGGUGGACAGCAGGGCAGAAUCUAUUGACAAGAAGAUUUCUCGGCUGGAUGCUGAACUAGUGAAGUAUAAGGAUCAGAUCAAGAAGAUGAGAGAGGGUCCUGCAAAGAAUAUGGUCAAGCAGAAAGCCUUGCGGGUUCUAAAGCAAAAGCGGAUGUAUGAGCAGCAGCGGGACAAUCUUGCCCAACAGUCAUUUAACAUGGAACAAGCCAAUUACACCAUCCAGUCAUUGAAGGACACCAAGACCACGGUUGAUGCUAUGAAACUGGGUGUAAAGGAAAUGAAGAAAGCAUACAAGCAAGUGAAAAUCGACCAGAUUGAGGAUCUACAAGACCAGCUAGAAGAUAUGAUGGAAGAUGCAAAUGAAAUCCAAGAAGCACUGAGUCGUAGUUACGGCACCCCAGAAAUAGAUGAAGAUGACCUAGAAGCAGAGUUGGAUGCACUGGGCGAUGAGCUUCUGGCUGAUGAAGACAGUUCUUAUUUGGAUGAAGCAGCAGCUGCACCUGCAAUUCCAGAAGGUGUUCCCACUGACACAAAGAAUAAGGAUGGAGUCUUGGUGGAUGAAUUCGGAUUGCCACAGAUCCCUGCUUCAUAGACUUGCAUCAUUCAAGUACAUCAUGUAAAAUAAACACAUAUUCUGGGACUAGGAAAUAUUUAUCUUUCCAAGUUUGCCAUAACAGAUUUAGGUUUCUUUCCUUUCUUUGGAGGAAAAGUUAAUUACAUUGCUUUCAUUUUUUUUCCGUUAAGAGACUCAUUGCUUGAAGGAAGCUUUCUUCAUACUAAAUUUUUAUUCCUUUUCUCUUAUGAAAGACUAACUUACUUAAAAUUAUCAUUGGGUAUGUAUAACUUCAUUCCUUAAUAAUAAUUUUGAGAUAAAACCAAGGAAAUAGGAAUCUUUAAGUUCUAUGACAGCAUAUCUCCACAAUCUCAAAUUGACCCGAUAAAUUGAUGACAAAGACGAGAUUAGUGGGACUGUCCAUAUUAUGAUUCAAAACCAUUUUCUCUUGUGGUAUUAUGGGUUGGUUAAAGUGAUGGCCUUUUUUGGUGAGUUUUGUUGUGUCUUGUGAGUAAAUCUUUACUGUGUCCAAUAUUGGAAUGGAAUUAUCACUACUGUAUCAUGGGUGGCUAUUUUGAUUCUGUGGUUCAUUCAGUAUUACAGUGGACUUGUAAUCAAUAAUGAAUAUUUCUUGAUAUUUAAUGUAUAGGACAUUUAUUUAUACUCAAUAAAUAUUUUUCAAAAGGAUAUAAUUUUAAUAGU